CAUAAAGUGAACGAGUUAUGUACUGUGCGGGUGGAGCUUAAACCUACGGCCUCCUGAAGUACCUUGUGCUGAGACUAGGGUUUCUCGUGAGUUUAGCUCCAUUCGCACAGCACAUAACUAACUCACUUCAAGUAUAGUAGUCUCACUAAUGACUGAGGAGCAAACCGGGACCCAACUCAAAUCCAUCCACCUGAAUUUUCCAAAAACAAACACCAGACAAGUUUAGUUUUUGUUCACUUUUAAAAGAAAAAUUCCUUAUUUCAAGUAAAUUAAAAGGACGUACAAAUAUAUGUACGACAUACGAAUACCUUCGUCAACAAUUUAGAACUUGUUAUGUACAAGUCAUCAAAUUCUAAGUAAAUACAUUCUUCAAAGAUGGAAUUAUUACCUUCUCAAAAUUUACCCUUCGUCCUAAUAAAACGCAACGUCGCCCUCGAUUAUCUCGUCCGGUCACAGUUUAAGGUCAGCACAAAUUCCCCCUGUUUUCUUUGCGGGGCUAAAUCCAAGGACCGUCUUCCAUCGGAAUGUUUACCUCGUCGCCUUUAUGAAGAAAAAGUAUCCGUAUUUCGACACCUGCUAAUUAAUGCGACCUUCCGUAAAAAGAUUUCGCCUCCGAGCUACAAUAAAUUCAUGUCCAGUGUCGAAUCCUGCGCGGAUUGCCUAUUCGUCAUUCAGGAAGUUUACGCCUUGCAGGAACAGAUUACAAAAUUGGAGACAGAUUUGGAAAACAGAUUAGAAGAAGGUCGAGCGAAAAUUGUUCAUUUAAAAAAUGGGAAACGAAUGUCACAAAGUGGACACAAUAAAAUCAUGAAAAAAAGUUCAAUCGAGUACGAAUCGCCAAGCUUUUUUGGGCAGAACAAAAUCCAAAUGUUUCCACAAAUCAAGGAAGAAAGUGAACAUGAUUUCGUGUUCGAAGACGUCGAAGUGUUCUCAGAAACUAAUUUGUCUAACGACGAAAUGAUUGAGGAAGUAAUAAUGCCGAUGACAAUUGACACUUUGGAGCACCAGGCUUCUCCACUUGACGUCAAAAAAACUGAUCCUGCCCAUAAUAACAUGUCUUGCGCAAAAUGUGGUAAAACGUUCACCAAGAAGGAUCACGUUCAACGACAUGAAAUUCAAGUUUGUAAAAUUCGCCCCCCACCCAAACCUGGUAUUUUUCCAUGUGCAAAAUGUGGCAGAAUAUUCGACACGAGAGGUCUAAUGCACCGACAUGAAAUUAAAGUUUGCAAAAUUCGCGAGAAAAUUAGUAGGAAAAUGGCCAUGAACCGUAUAAGAGGAUCUUUCCCUUGUUCAAAGUGUGCAAAAAUACUGACCACAUCCGCUCAACGGGUCAUUCAUGAGAUCAAGAUUUGCAACGUGGUUUACACCCAGGAAGAACUGGACGAGAUGAAUAUUACGUUCCACGAUUGUGACCAGUGUGACAAAAGUUUCACGUAUUUGUACGAUCUACGAAGACAUUACACCACCCACUCGGAGGUGAAACCGCACGUCUGCAAAUGCGGAAAAUCCUACGGUCACGAGGAAUAUUUGCGCAAACAUCAGAAUUUCCUUUGUCGCCUGACCGUGGAGCCAUCCAAAAGAAUUAAAUACCUUCAGAAGAAAAAAUUAUAUGAAAAGAAACGCAAAGGCGAAAUUACUCAAAAAAGUUCAGGCGAUGUUUUACCAACUCAAUUAGAAGAUGCGAGUCGCAGUGGAGAAAUGCCAAGUGGGGAUGUUGGACUUUGUUAAUAAUACAUUUCUCGUGACAUGUAUGUAAAAUACGACUUUUUAGAAGGACGUGAUAUUUCGUUAAUACUAAUUGAAAAUCUUUAUAUGCGACAUUUAUUACUUUAUUUUAUUGAUAAUGCAAACUUUUGUGACCUGACAUUUUGUAAUGUUUAAAUCCUAAGGUACGAUAUAAGUCAAGUUGAUAUAUUUACAUAAGUAUAAGUUAUUUAAGUAAUUAUGUAUUUAAAUAGUAAUGUAAAUAGUUUAAGUAAUUUAACUCCGGAGAUCGAGGUUAAUUUUUGUAUGUAUGUAUGAAUUUAACGCUAAUUUUUUUGUAGUGCAAGGUUUUAACGUAUAAUUAUUUAUGAAACGUCACUGAACAUGUUAUUGCAAAUAUUAUUACUUAAAGUUGUAUACAUACAUACGUAUUUACAUAUUUAGGUAGAUAUGUUUAUAAAUGAAUACAGGCUGAUAGUUUUCACAAAUUAA